GACUUCGCGAGGAUUUCCACUUCGACUGAUCCUCAACUUCAACAGUUGUAGGGAAGAUGGCAGCCUCUGAAAUCACUCUUCCCAGCCCUCCAAGGUCUCUUGACGAAAUAUCCGCUGUUGAAGCCUCCCUCACCCUCCCAUCUUUCACAGCCGAAACAGCCUGGGAAAUUGGCAAUUCAUUGCGCACUCGUCUCCUCGCUUUUCCUACACCCACUGUCAUCAGCAUUUCUCUUGCUAACAGCAAUCAGCUGCUCUUCCAUAGCGCUGUCAAAUCAGGCAUUCAACCUGAUAAUGAUCUCUGGGUAGCUCGCAAACGUGCGACUGUGCUCAGAUGGGGAGUAUCGAGCUGGUACAUGCAUUGCAAGAUGGGCGGAGAUGAGAAGGCGUUCCGAGAGAAGUAUGCGCUUGGGGACGAGGGUGGCGGACGAUAUGCGAUUCAUGGAGGUGGUAUACCAAUCAGGGUGAAGGGUGUCGAGGGCACUGUAGCUGUGAUCGUUGUGAGUGGACUGAAGCAGCAUGAGGACCACCAGAUCAUCGUGGAGGUGCUGCAAGAGCACUUGAAGAAAUUGGAAUGAGGAAAUAGAUGUAUGAACAGGAUAUACCGACUGACGAAGAAAUUGUACGAAUCAUUGUACUUGUUUACGACAACGGAAUAAAUGUACUUCUACUGUUCUUCAAACAAAUUUCAUCCCUCGGCAUGCAGAACUUACCAGCAG